UCCUUUCUCGUUUCCGGCAAUAAGGCGCCGCAGCGGUGGCCUUGGUUCCUUCCGCUUAUCUUCCCAACGCCCGGCCGAGCUUUGGGAGGCGGCCGCCCCGCCAGGAAAUCUCAAUACCCUAACUAUAUUAUUCAUGCUGAAGAGAGAGGGAAGCUACAAAACCUGUUUCAUCAAUGCAUUGAGAGAAAAACUGCAUUUUAAAAAUAUUUUCAGUCACUUAUUUUUCAUUUUAGAUGUUUAACUUUUGAUCUGCUAUUCAGAUAUUUUAAAGUUCUGAAUACUCGUUCUAGAGCCUAGCGAAUGAAUGGCGACUGUGGAUGAUUUAAAGUUUCAAGAAUUUGAUGAUGCAGCUAACUUGCUGGCAGGAAACCCAGACGCCACCACAAUAAGUAUUGAUGAGCCUAGUGAAAACCCCAAGAAUCAGUAUGGCCUUCUGCAAGACUCUCGGAGAGAGGAGGAUGACGAGUUACUGGGGACUGAUGACUCAGAUAAAACGGAGUUACUUGCAGGACAGAAGAAAAGUGCCCCCUUCUGGACAUUUGAAUACUACCAGACUUUCUUUGAUGUAGAUACAUACCAGGUCCUAGACAGAAUAAAAGGCUCGGUUUUCCCAAUACCAGGAAAAAACUUUGUAAGACUAUAUAUCCGCAGCAAUCCAGAUCUUUAUGGUCCUUUUUGGAUAUGUGCCACAUUAGUUUUUGCCAUUGCUAUUAGUGGUAAUCUUUCAAAUUUCUUCAUCCAUCUGGGUAAACCUGCAUACCGGUAUGUGCCUGAGUUCAGAAAAGUGUCCAUAGCUGCAACAGCUAUCUAUGCUUAUGCUUGGCUGGUUCCUCUGGCUCUCUGGGGAUUCCUUAUGUGGAGAAAUAGCAAAGUUAUGAAUAUAGUCUCCUACUCGUUUCUUGAGAUCGUGUGUGUCUAUGGCUAUUCACUCUUUAUUUAUAUUCCAACAGCUAUUUUGUGGAUUAUUCCACAAAAAGCUGUACGGUGGAUCUUCGUAAUGGUUGCUCUGUGCCUUUCGGGGUCAGUUUUAGUAAUGACAUUUUGGCCUGCUGUUAGAGACGAUAACCGAAGGAUUGCACUGGCUACUAUGGUGACUGUUGUACUUCUUCAUGCCCUGCUUGCUAUUGGUUGUUUGGCAUACUUUUUUGAUGCUCCUGAUCUGAAUGUUCUUAUACCUACUGCAGCUGCUCAAAAUGGAACAAUAGUAGCAACAAAGACUCAGUAAAUAAGGCAUAUGGACUGAAUCCCAUGUGUGGGAUAGUGUGAAUUCUUGCUUCCUGAUGGCCAAGGAUACUGCUGAUGCCUAACACUUGGAUUCAGAAUAGGGUUAGAAGGCAUGGGAGCUGUUCCACAGAAGGCUGAAGACCAAAGAUGGAUGGGUGGGUGCGUGUGAGGAAAAUUAGUAGAGCAGUAUUAGUACUUGUUCUUAGACUUCUUUUCAGUGUAGCCAGUUAAUCCUAGCAAAGAUCACACAAUCUAAUUGCCCUUACUUACCAAGAUUAUCAGUAAUGAGUAAACUGAAGAUUUUAUGUUCCUCCAAAAAGCAAUUUAUCCCAAGUGACUAAUAGAAUUCUGAAAUGCUACAGUAGAAUUCUUUUUAGACACAAAUGCAUGUACAUGCUUUAAUCUGUUAUCUGUGGAGAAUUUUCAUAUUGAUAGGUGCUACUUCUGUU